UUAAAUAUACCAAAAACAUUUUUAAAACAGCUGGAAUUUUUUUUUUUUUAUAUUUUGACUAGUUUCUAAUUUCCACCAACUUCAAAUUCUCCUCAUACCCUGAUCCCCUCCUUGUUGACUUCCAUUUAAGAAAUUAUGUUUCUUCACCAUUUUCUCUGAACCUGCCUCUUCUAAACUCCCCCCUUUCCCAUUCCCCCAUUAUCCAAACACCAAAAAACACCUGAUAAAACCCCCCAAAUUCUUCCUUCCAACCCUAAAUUUGCCAACAUUUCAUCACAUUUUUUACUCUUUCUUUCUCAAACAUACUGAACAAGUUGUUUUGUCUUUUCAUGUAUCAGAGUUUCAGAUUCAGAAGAAAAUAGAAAGCAAAGAGAAAGAAUUUUUUACCGUUGAAUCUCCAACUUUUAUAAAAGCAAUGUCAACCAAGAUUAAAGGGAUAUGCAAAGGAUCAUUCAAAUACAUCUCACAAAUAUUUGUGGUGAAAGAGCGUGAGAUGCAAAUUGGACACCCAACAGAUGUAAAACAUGUGGCUCAUAUUGGUUGGGAUGGUCCAGAUGGUACAACUCCAAGUUGGAUGAGUGAAUUUGGAACAGGUUCAGACUUGACUGUUGGAUCAAUGGGUAGUGUGGGUGGUUCCAGAGAACAGACGUGGACAUCUCAAGACGUUACAGAUUUUGAGCGGGCCUUUGGGAGACAAACAUCUACUGCUAAAUUAAGCAACUUUCCUCCAACAAAUAUUCCUACAAAUCCAAAGAAAACAAGGAGGAAGAAGACCAAGUCAUCAAAUUCCACCCCAAAAUCAGGCUCAGCAAGAUCAUCACGAUCAUCCAAGUCUCGGUUUAUGGUAGGGGAGAGCGAAGAAGGAGACAGCAGGCGAAGCAGUGUCAACCUGUAAAGUUUAUGGCCGAGUUUAACUUGAACCACUUUUUAAAUGUGCAUAGCAAAAAAAUAUGGGUUUUUUAAAUUCUACCUUUUGUAUAAUGUUAAAGGUUAAAUCUACUUUUUGUAUAAUGUUAAAGGUUAAAGUUAUUAAAAUUGCAAGGUAGUAAAAAGUAUAGGAGAAUGCAACA